AACAACAGUUGUUAAAAUACGCUUAUUGAUAAAAAAGAAAGAAAUAUUGUUUUGAAUAAAAGGCGUGACCGUUACACCCUUAGUAUCGUUUUAGACAGAUUAUAUACUGAAACCUUGCAAUUGGAAAAACAAGAUAAGAAUUUAGAUUUUAGUGAUAAAAAGGAAAAUUUUAAUAAAAUUUUAAAAUCAUUAUUAUAUGCUUAAAAAUGGUUGCACAGUUUAAAAUCAAGAAGGUGUGUUUUUAGUCGUAGUAAUAGGCUUAAAAAUGUGGAAUUUCUGUUUGCUUAAUCUAAUAGCAUUCGUCAUGUUGGUAUUUGGGGUCUUUGGAGCAGUUUUCAGUGAUAACUCAACAACAAGCGCACCAACAAUAACUGUAUCAGCAGCUAGCGCAUUAAUAGCUGGAGUAUCAACAUCACUUCAAUCAACAAAAUACGCAUCAACAGCAGGCGUUUCAACAGUAAUCUCCUCAACAAAUGUUGCAUCAACAGCAGGCGUUUCAACAGCAGGCGUUUCAACACUAGGCGCUUCCACAGCUGGUAUUUCAACAGUACUCCCAUCAACAAAUGCUACAUCAACAAAAUACGCAUCAACAAGCGGGUCAUCAACAAAUUCUCCAUUAAAAGGUGGCUUAUCAACAAAUGCUGCAUCAACGGCAGGCGUUUCAACAAUAGGCGAAACAACAGCAGGUGUACCAACAGCUAACGUUUCAAAAGUUCCCCCAUCGACAAAAUACGCAUCAACAAGUGCCUUAUCAACAAAUGCUACACCAACAAGUGGCUUAUUAACAGUAGGCGAAACAACAGCAGGCGUUUCAACAGUAGACGUAUCAACAUUAUCCCCAACAACAAAAUACGCAUCAACAAGUGGUUUAUCAACAAAUGUUUCAUCAACAGCAGACGUUUUAACAGUAGGCGUAUCAACAUUAUCCCCAACAACAAAAUACGCAUCAACAAGUGGUUUAUCAACAAAUGUUUCAUCAACAGCAGACGUUUUAACAGUAGGCGUAUCAACAUUAUCCCCAACAACAAAAUACGCAUCAACAAGUGGUUUAUCAACAAAUGUUUCAUCAACAGCAGACGUUUUAACAGUAGGCGUAUCAACAUUAUCCCCAACAACAAAAUACGCAUCAACAAGUGAUUUAUCAACAAAUGUUGCAUCAACAACGGGCGUUUCAACUAAGAGGGGGCAGCAGAAUCAACAACAACUAACCCAUCAAUCACAGAAACAACUUCAUAUAUAACGACCGAUGGAACACCAGCUGUUAAAGUUCCAACCAAUGGACUUUCUACAGGAGAAAUUGUUGCAAUUUCUCUUUUGGUGCCUCUUGCUUUUAUUCUGAUUCUGUACAUAACGUUUUCUUUCUGCACAACUUACCAAAG